AUGAGCCAAGCAGGAACUCCCACCCAGGCGCAAAUCGUCAAUGUCCUCUUUGCGCAGCAUGACCAAUCAAACUUCCCCUGCCAGCUCUCCUCGUCGUGGCGAUCGUUCUUCUUCCACUAUCGGAUCUUCUUCNNUUCAUAUGCACUCAUCGAAGAACCUGCGCCACUGACAGCUGCCCAAGUCGCAUCAGCUUAUUUCGCCCAGGAGCUGGCCCUACACGAAUCCGGGUUCACAACUGCGCAGGUCGCAGUCAUUCUUCAUGAUGCAUGUUACGGACACAGAUUCUCACGGCCAAAGACUUCCAAAGGCAUGCUCAGCAUGAUUGUCGAGAGACCAGAGCGUGUUCUGGCUGCUGUUCUUGGACUGUCCGCUGCCUAUGUUCGUCUUGGAUCGAGACAUUCAGGAGGUCAACAUGCCCCUCAUCCAGACAAACAACCUGAUCCUCGCAUCCCUUUCAAAAUCAGGAAGACUUCGCGUGCAGUGCCACUGACUUCGCCAUUUGUUUCUGCUGUGCAUGGAACCGAGUGGAUGAAGGAGCUCGAGGCCAUGUGCAAUGUCGCAGGAGAGAGACUGGAACAGCACAUGAAAGAAUUGGCCAGACCCGAGGUUCCUGGCUCAACAGCUGAAAAGCAACCUUUCCACGAGGGCGACUUGUAUCUUUGUUCGGAAUCACUGAAUGCUCUACAAGGUGCCAUUGGUGGUGUUUGUGAUGCUGUUGACACAGUUUUCUCUAGCAUCCCGACAUCACCAAGACGUGCUUUCGUCGCUAUUCGUCCACCAGGUCAUCAUUGUUCUUCGGAUUUUCCUUCUGGUUUCUGUUGGAUCAACAACGUUCAUAUUGGUAUUGAAUAUGCUGCGCAAACUUAUGGCCUCACACACGCCGUGAUCUUGGAUAUCGAUCUUCAUCAUGGUGAUGGAUCGCAGGACAUUACUUGGGACAGAAAUGCGAAGAGUGCAAGAAUGAACAAGAAUGCUUCUUUCACGAAAAAGACUGCAAUCGGUUACUACAGCAUGCACGACAUCAAUUCGUACCCGUGUGAGGACGGCGACAAGGAGAAAGUUACCAACGCCAGUCUUUGCAUUGACAACAUUCACAAUCAGUCCAUCUGGAACGUUCACCUGGAAGCUUGGAAAACUUUGGACGAAUUUUGGGCUCUCUACGAAACAAAGUACUCGAUCCUGUUGGAGAAAGCCCGAACUUUUCUGAAAAGACAUUCGCAAAUGAUCAAGAAUUCACACAAGCAAGCACCGCCCAAAGCUGCCAUCUUCAUCUCAGCUGGAUUUGAUGCCAGUCAGUGGGAAGGUGCUGGUAUGCAGCGCCAUGCGGUCAACGUGCCUACCGAAUUCUAUGCUCGCUUUGCAAGAGACGUGGUCAAGCUAGCUGAAGAAGAGGGAACGGGUGUCAACGGCCGUGUCAUUUCUGUGCUGGAAGGAGGAUACAGUGAUCGAGCUCUCUGUAGUGGUGUGCUCAGUCAUAUUUCUGGACUUUGUCAAGAUCCGAGUGCAACGACUACUAAUGGAUCACAUGCAGCCCAUGCUGAUGAUGAUAUUGCAAGUGCGAUGCAGAGCAUGAACAUCUCCAGCCCAGCCAACGGUCACCAAAAAUCUGAGUACGAUCCCAAUUGGUGGGAUGUCAAGAACUUGCAAGCCUUAGAGACACACGUCACACCUCCUCCGCCACCGCCUAUCAUGAGAACCCAACGUACAGCCAUGCCUACAUACGCCACGCCCACUCAAUCGUUUACUGGAAAGGUGGUCGACCCACUCAAAUUUCAAAGAUCGAUUUCUGGAACAAUGCGACCAAUGUCUCCCAGACCUUCUGGGCCGAGAGAGCCGCCAGAAGUCAAUUGGAUUGUUGCCGUGCAUGAGCUCAGCAAACUUAUCGUUCCUUCGGACCGCCAAACGAGAAGCCAUGCGCCGGAAGACCUUGCUCCAGUCAGAAUAAAGAAGGACAGACUUUCUGCACCAGUCAUUGUACCAGCAGAACCGAUGGCUGGAGGAAGACAACUCCGUACCAGAAAGCCAAAAGGUGCUGGCACUGUCAGCCCACCCACCGAAGCAGACAUGUCGAUCAAGCCUCUUCCAGUCGAUCUUGCUAGGCGCCAGACGAUAUCGGAAUUGCCAACAUCACACGACGUUCAGCCUGUCGCUGAAAAGAUUCAGCAACCUAAGCGAACGACAAGAAGGACCAGCAACAUGUUCGACCUGAAAGCAGAGAUUGCCGAUGCACCACCACCCGUACCCGUUAUGCCUGCACAUCUACCACCACCUAGUCCCAAGAAGGUGCGUGGGAAAGCAUUGAAAUCGGUACCAGUCGAGGAGCAGCCAGUUGUCAAGCAAGAACCUUUGGUGAAGCAAGAACCAGAACCGUUUUUCAAGCUGGAGAAUCGCAUGGCACGCCCGGAGCCCAAACGUUUCCCAUCAGAGCCGUCUGUGCCGACUGCAUUGCCUCUGACCAUCGAUUUCACGAAGCCAAUCAACCAUAUUCAGCCUAUGAGACCAGUCGGGAUUAAGAGGAUCCACCUGAAAGUGGGAACACGCGAAGAGCACGAUCGUAAGAUGAGGGAGACCGAGGAGAAAGCCAAGGCAGAGACCAGACCACCGCCCAACAUGCAUGAGGCGUCAUUGCCUCAACCAGCAGUUGAGCAGGUUACCCCAGCGAUGCAUCCGACCGAAGCGCCGAGAGUAGAGUCAAAUGCUAACCCAGCAUUGAUGGAUCAAUAUGCUUCGCGCAGACAGCCAGCCUCGGCCUCGAAGACUGUACCUUCCGAGUUGACGCACAGAGAUUCGCCGCUAUAUCUUGACCUGGAGGAGAGCGCAGUUCAGCAGAGUGCUGGUGCUUCUGCCGUGCCUAGUCAACCGCAAGCUAUUGACCAUCACCAGAUGACAUUGCUUGAUAAUGGAUCAGGUCCACCACACGCGGCCAGCUCAUCCAUCCAAGCAGAUGUCCCUCAAUCGCAGGUUUACACGCACCAGCCUGUACCACAACAGCAGCCAAAGCUACCUUCACAACACAACCAUCCUUUCUUCAACCCCUCGUACGCGCACUCUCAGAACAAUCUACCAACCUUCUCAAGCACAGGAGCAAUUCCCUUCGCGCCUCCUCAAGCCAGACCCAGUGGACCUAAUCCGGUGUCUGGUCACGGGAACGGAGUGUCGAGAUCGAUGCUUGACGGAUUUCCCACUUUGAGCAAGGUCAUCACACCUGAUGAUGUCGACAUGAUGGAUCUGGACAGCCCGGAGAAGAGGAGAGAUGGACGUGAUCAAAAGAUCAUACCUGAAACGCCACAGCACUAG